AUCAAGUUAAUUAUAAUUUAAGGCAAAAUGGAAGAUGUAAGCAGAAAAAGAGCAUGGAAGCCUGAGGAGGAAAUAGGAAAUGGCGAUGUAAACAAAGAUUCUAUGAAAGAUGAUUGGCUGGAUAAUGUUGAGAAAACAGACUCGAACUCGAAUUACUCACUGAAAGAAGAAGGUGUCUGUGCUAUCUGUAGGGCUCUACCUAAACAAUCACCGCUCUACGGCUGCGAUAAGGGGCAUUUUAUCUGCAGCUCUUGCAGGGAGCAGGGGGGUGUUCUCCUCAGUUGCCCCCACUGUUUUAAUUCGGAAAUCAACAUUCGUCUGACAGAACUAGAGACUAAGUUGUUCACCAAGGAUUGUAACUAUGCUGUUAAAGGGUGUACACAGAAGAUAUCUGAAGAAGCUAGGGAAAUCCACGAGAGAACCUGUUUCUAUAGAAUUGUUCAGUGUCCCAAGCGUUUGUUUGCCAAGUCUUGUACUUUCAGUGAUUCGCUUCGGUUCAUUAGGGAUCAUGGUAGAUCCGAACACAGCUUUGACAAGGGAUUUACAACUCUGGGGCAUGGGUUUAUCACUAGUAAAAUGAUGCACGACAAGGAAAAGUUCUUAUUUGAUCUAGAGAAUCAAGACAGUGCCAGAUUCCCUCCACUAGAGCUAGAGUUUGAUCAGAACCUGUUUUACCUGUAUUACGAGAGGAAGCAAUCACGAGGACUCUGGUUCUUCUUUCUUAGAUAUUACGGUUGUGAGGAUGUUGCUGCGAAAUAUUCCUGUGAGCUGAGUGUGGGUCCGGGAGACCUAGAGAAGAAUGAUAUAUCUCUUGCUGGCCGAGUGUACAAAGGAGCGGUUGUCCCAUAUUCAUACGAUAGGAUCAAAAUUCACAACAGUGGACUCUGUUUGGUAAUUGAUGAUGCCUCAGUCAGGUAAAUUUAACAUUCAUUUUUCUGUUUCAUUUGUCAUAAUA